AAAGCUUUAAAUCCUAAUCUCUGGUAUCAAAGCAUAAAGCUGAGUUGUGUGUGCUAUGAGCCAGUUAUAGAGCUGAUUUUGGGUCAUAAUAUUUAUGGAUUUGAUCUCGAAGUGCUGCUUCAAAGAAUUAAUGUGUGCAAAGUCCCUCACUGGUCCAAGAUAGGUCGACUGAGGAGGUCCAAUAUGCCAAAGCUUGGGGGUCGAGGAGGGUUUGCUGAAAGGAAUGCUGCCUGCGGUCGAAUGAUCUGUGACGUGGAAAUUUCUGCUAAAGAAUUAAUUCGUUGCAAAAGUUACCAUUUGUCUGAACUGGUCCGUCAGAUUUUGAAAACAGAAAGGACAACAAUUCCACCAGAGGAGAUUCGAAAUAUGUACAGUGAUUCACCUCACUUAAUGUUCAUGCUGGAAAACACCUGGACAGAUGCUAAGUUCAUUCUCCAAAUCAUGUGUGAGCUGAAUGUUCUGCCGCUGGCCCUUCAAAUAACAAACAUCUCUGGGAAUGUCAUGUCGAGAACAAUGAUGGGUGGACGAUCUGAACGUAAUGAGUUCUUGCUGCUUCAUGCAUUUCAUGAAAAAGACUACAUAGUGCCGGACAAACAAGUUUUUAAAAAGCCUUCACAGAAACUGGUGGAUGAAGAUGAAGAUUUUGAAGAUCAGAAUAAAUCAAAGAUAGGGAGAAAGAAAGCAGCAUAUGCUGGGGGCUUAGUCUUGGAUCCCAAAGUCGGUUUUUAUGACAAGUUUAUUUUGCUUCUCGACUUCAACAGCUUGUACCCAUCAAUUAUCCAGGAGUUUAACAUCUGCUUUACCACAGUGCAGCGACUGUCAUCAGAAGCACAGAAAAGGGCAGAGGUUGAAGAAGAGGAAGAAAUUCCAGAGCUUCCAGAUCCAUCUCUGGAAAUGGGAGUUUUGCCUAGAGAAAUCAGGAAACUGGUGGAGAGACGGCGUCAAGUUAAGCAGUUAAUGAAACAGCCAGAUUUAAAUCCUGACCUUUAUUUACAGUAUGAUAUCAGACAGAAAGCUUUGAAACUCACUGCUAACAGUAUGUACGGCUGCCUGGGAUUUUCCUACAGCAGAUUUUAUGCCAAGCCUUUGGCUGCAUUGGUGACACAUAAAGGGAGAGAGAUUUUGAUGCAUACCAAGGAGAUGGUGCAAAAGAUGAACCUUGAAGUGAUUUAUGGAGACACAGAUUCCAUUAUGAUAAACACCAAUAGCACCAAUUUGGAUGAGGUCUUCAAACUGGGCAACAAGAUCAAAAGUGAAGUGAACAAGCUCUAUAAAUUGUUGGAAAUUGAUAUUGAUGGAGUCUUUAAGUCCUUGCUACUGCUAAAGAAGAAGAAAUAUGCUGCUCUGACUGUGGAGCCAACAGGAGACGGGAAGUAUGUAACCAAACAAGAACUGAAAGGAUUGGAUAUAGUCCGAAGAGAUUGGUGUGAUCUUGCGAAAGAGACUGGAAACUAUAUAAUUGGUCAGAUUCUUUCUGAUCAGCCCCGAGACAUAAUUGUGGAAAAUAUUCAAAGGCGGCUUAUAGAAAUUGGAGAAAAUGUGAUCAAUGGCCAGAUCCCAGUAAAUCAGUUUGAAAUAAACAAGGCUUUGACAAAAGAUCCACAGGAUUAUCCUGACAAAAAAAGCUUGCCACAUGUGCAUGUUGCCUUGUGGAUAAACUCUCAAGGAGGCCGAAAGGUGAAGGCAGGAGACACAGUGUCAUAUAUCAUUUGUCAGGAUGGAUCAGAUCUCAGUGCCAGCCAGCGAGCGUAUGCUCCAGAACAGUUGCAAAAGCAGGACAACCUUACUAUUGAUACUCAGUACUACCUGUCACAGCAAAUACAUCCAGUAGUUGCCAGAAUAUGUGAGCCCAUAGAGGGAAUUGAUUCUGUUCUUAUUGCAACGUGGUUAG